CGCUUCAGUAUAAAUCAAGAGAGAGAGAGAGAGACGUUCCAUGGCGCAAGAAGGCAAACCUCUGGCAAAGAUUGCAGAGGCAUUCAAAGAUCUCUCUGCUACAGUAAAUUCUGGAACCCAAGACGUCAAGCUCGUGGAAUUUUCUCGUGCUUGCUCUCUCAUUUCCCCUCUCUUUGGCUGCUUGGGGAUCACAUUCAAAUUUGCAGAGAUGGAUUUCGUGGCAGACGUUCAUGGUCUAGCUGAAGCGUCGAAGUCGAUUGAAUCAUUACAAUCUUUACUGGAUCGAGAUACUGAGAAUGACUGUGUGAAGAAAGAUGGUAGUCAUUCGAGAAACCUUCUUAAAGUGAAACGUGGAAUUGAUAUGGUUAGGGUUCUAUUCCAGCAAAUUCUAGCUUCAAAGGGAAACUCCCUGAAGGUUCCAGCUUCUGUGGCUUAUGCCAAGGUUCUUGCUCCCCACCAUGGACGGGCCAUCAGGACAGUUGUUGCUGCUGGGAUGUUAGCCCUUCCUACGAAGGCACGGCUCUUGCAAAAGCUGAAUGAGAAUGAGGCCUCAGCAAGGGUUCAGAUGCAAUAAUACAUUGUUGCUUCUGCUCCUGUUAUUCAGUAUAUUGAGAAGUUAUUUCUUUCAAGGCAGUUGGGCAUAGACUGGUGAAAGAAGUUCCAUGUGAUUUCAUCAGAUUGAAUUUUGAUUUGGAUCCUUUAAUCCUUUUCACCAGAAACUUGGCUUGGUUGCCAUUGUUGUUUCCUAUGUAAUUAAAUAUGAA